AUGAGGGUUUGUUCAUCCACAUCGUCCACAAUUAUUAAGCGUGUAGCAAAAAAGCCUUUAUUAUUAGCGACUAAUAUCCCCGAGGAUGUGUUAUUAAGCAACAUAUUCAUUCGAUUACCAGCAAAACAGCUUGCUCAAAUGAGAUCCCUCUCUAAAACCUGGAAUGCCCUCUUGUCCCAUCCCUCCUUUAUCCAAUCUCAUCUCGACCGUUCAAUCAAAACCAACGACGAAAUUCUUGUUUUCUUUUACAAUGUAGAUUUUUCACACAGGGAACCGUGUACCGCCCACCCCUCAGGAUCUCCUAGUGAAGACCUCACUAAAUUAAUCAAACCCUUACCUGGAUACAACAGUGUUAUUGGGUCGGUUAAUGGCUUGAUAUGCUACAUUAAAUAUUACUCAUACUGUCAUAUUCAUUCCCUUCGCAUCUGGAACCCUUCUCUCUCAGCCACAAUAGCUCUCCCACCCUAUAUUGAUAUUGGUGUAUACGACCCCGUACCCUCUUUUCGGUUCGGGUUUGAUCCCAAAACUUGUGAUUAUAAACUUGUUAAGAUAGCAUACAGUUUUGAUAUGAAUGAUAAUUUGAUUGAAGAGUUUCUUCCCGUAGAGGUGUAUAGUAUGCGAAAGGACUCAUGGGAAUCCAUCACAGAAAGGUUUCCAUCCCAUAUUACAUGUUUUCGCAACCUCAAUGAAGUUUAUGUGGAUGGAUAUGAUGGACAUGUUCAUUGGCAUUGUUAUGUUGAUACGAAUUACAUGCUUGAAACCAUAAUAGCAUUUGAUUUGAAUCUUGAAACUUUUAGUGAGAUUUUGCUUCCAGACGCUAUACAAAGCAAUCGAGGAAGGAGUAAUGCUUUGGGAGUUUGGUCCCGAAAGCUUUGUGUGAUUUCCUGCAUCGAAGAUGGUGAUUGUGAGGUGUGGGUGAUGGAUAAGUAUAAGGUGGCUACCUCAUGGAUGAAACUACAUGUGUUAUCCGGGUUUAGUGGCAAUAUUGAUCCGAUUGGAUUCACUUUGAAUGUUGACUCAUCAACCAGAGUUGCUCAGUAUAUUGACAGUCUUGUUUGGCCGGUAGCACGCAACGUGAAGCAUCAAUUGUGAUAGCAUCUCUUGAUAACAAAUUAGCUCGGACGCCAUCAUGUAAUUUGCUCUAUCAGUCUACUAGCUAGUUUAUUUCUUCAUGCUGUAUUACAUGAGGCUUUUAAUUAAUUUGUUAUUGUUGAUUUGUUUUAUUUAUUUAUUUU